CUUAUUUGAGAAAAACAUAUUUAUAGGUAGGUUAACAUAUUCUUUACUUAGGUGUCUUACUUUUAGGUUUGAAGACAAGUUUGGAGCUGUCCGGACCAUACCUGCAGCAGUGGCUACUCGGUGGAACUCCACCUACCAUCAAGUCAAGUCCCUGCUGCAGAUCGAAGGCAUGGAUUGCAAUGCAUUGGCCGAGGUGUGUGAUAGUCAAGAGUUCUCACACGCUCUAGUAACUCGACAUGAGUGGGGGCAACUAGCUGAGCUUUGCAAAAUUCUAGAGCCUUUUGCUGAAGCCACCAACCUAACUCAAGGCGAUGAAAGUGUCACAGUAAUGUUACUGGAUAUCAACAGCCACUUAUGGAAGUGGGAAGACGACGCGAGAUUCUGCAAGCCACUGGUAUCAGCGCUUCAUACCUCUUUGGAGAGACGCUUCAGAGGAAUCUUUGUGAACUGCGAAAUAGACGAGAACCAAGGCAGUGGGAGCCAUCAAGAGCCUUUCGCUGAGAAACUCUACCUUGUGGCUGCUGUGCUGGAUCCACAAUACAUGCUGCACUGGGUAGAUGCGGAUGUGGUUGUUGCUUGGGAGACAGAUCGUGUGAGAAAAAAUUUGAAGCACACACUUACAGGUAUGUUGAAUCAGUAACCAAAGGUUAAAGCUAUAGCUUGCAUUUUAAUAUUUCUAUUGUAUUUAGAUUGUAUUCUGUAUUCUUGUUGGAAUACGGACCAAAAUUCACUAAACAUGGUGAAGGAGCUUCCAAAUCUAUUAUAAUUAUUGCAGGAGCUUUUCAUUGUGAACACAUAGGUCACGUGUAAAAUAAUUUGUGUGUCGUUUGUAAUAUAUGUUUGUCUUCCCUAUUCCCCUGUACAGAGUUGGUAAUAACUGAAGCGGAGCGCUUCUCUUCCAACGAAGAUCAAGAUGAGGCAGCAGCAGCCAUGCACACCACCAGCAGUAAAGAUGAGGAUAUUCCGGCAAAGGUACCUUGCUUGAUGGCCAAAUACAGGGCCAUAAGGCGUCAUUCCAAAGGUGGAGAGUGUGAGACCUCAAGAAUGCAGAUAUCCAAUUACUUCAGGGAUGAGCAACAUCAUGGGCUGGAUGCGGUAUUAUUUUGGAGAUGAUGGUGCAGCGCAGCACAAAUACCCUUCCCUGCAUGCGUUGGCAAGGAACAUCCUGUCUGUUCCAUCAACCAGUGCUCCUGUAGAGCGCAUUUUCAGCAGAGGAGGGAUCAUAAUGAGGCCUCAUAGGGCACGACUAACUCGUUAGAAGCCUUGAUGCUCCUUAAAUGUAACGAGCAUGUACUUUAAGGAGUAAUUUACUCAAGGAGAGAUCUGUUCAGACAGUUGUUGUUGAGAGUUGUUAUGCACUAUGCAUUAUAAUCAUUUAUAAAUAGUACAAAAAUACAUGACUGUAUGCAUUGCUUCAUUCAAUGCAAUGCAAUGCAAUGCAAUGCAAAUCAAAUCAAAUCAAAUGCAAUGCAUUGUAUGCAUUGCUGUAGUAAUUGCUUCAUUCGCAUUGUUCGCUUGUUAAUUAAACUUUGUUCAUGAAACUUCGCUUGUUUAUG